AUGACAACAGCGUCUCCCUUCCCCUUCCCACGGGAAUACUCCUUCCCGCCAUUCUUCACGCGCCAGACAAACCUCACGACCCACCACGCCCAGCUCGUCAAGUGGUCCGACCUCAUCCUCGCCUACUGCCGCCACCACCGCAUCUUCAAGCUCUCCCUCGGCGCCGCCAUCCCCUCCGCCUCGUCGGCCCUCCCGCACGCCCUGCCGAACCACAAUGCCGCCGCGUCCUCCUCCCCGCACAACGAGCCGACGACUUUCUCCCCCGCGACCGCCGCGUCAUCCGCCGCCGCCGCCCCUGAGGAGCUCUUCCACAACAGGGCCCUGAACAAGAGGCUCUCGCUCGCCGACGCGCGCGAGGUCCUCGAGUUCAUGCGCAAAGACGGCCGCGCCGAGCCGCUGCCCGCAAGCACCGACGUCUUUUGGAUCUACUGGCGCACGCCCGACGAGUGGGCCUCCGUCGUCGAGGGCUGGAUCGACGAGACGGCGCAGAAGGGCGUCGUGCUGACCCUGUACGAGCUCACCGAGGGCGAGAGCACGAGGGGGACAGAGUUCCAUGGCCUCGACCCCGACCUUCUGGCGAAGGCGCUGCAGAUCCUCGUCAAGCGCGGCAAGGCCCAGAUCUUCGGACAAGAGGACUCGCAGGGUGUCAAGUUUUUCUGA